UUAUGGAAUGGAAUGUUGCAAAGUAUAUAAAUAAAACACAAAUAUUCGUGCAGAGUUAUAUAAUUUGCGCGAUUCAACGAAAGUUUGGAAAUUAGGAACAAGCGGUUCCAUGUUCAAACAUCAAACGCUAAUAGUUGCCUGGAUACUUAAAAGUUGUACUUAAAUUUAGAUUGCCACGUAUUUGAGGCUCAUUUGAAGCGUGAUUUUUGAAUAAAAUCCAUCAAGUUCUGUGGUAAUCAGUUGCAGAAGCUAUGGCAAAUGAGCUUCCAAAAAUUCAUCUCAAAAAAGAUGAUUCGAGUGAAGUAGAGGUCUGCUUACAUGGGGGCACUGUCACAUCAUGGAAAUGCAGAGGAAGGGAAAUGUUAUUUGUCAGUAAGAAUGCAGUGUACAAUGGCAAGAAAGCAAUAAGAGGUGGAAUACCAGUGGUCUUUCCAAAUUUUGGUCCAUGGGAAUUGGGACCACAGCAUGGUUUUGCAAGAACUGAAACUUGGAAAGUCCACAAAUCGCCCGAAAAGGAUGAAGAUGGAAAUAUCGUAGCUAUUCUUCUUUUAGAAGACACCGAGGAAUUGAGAAAAAUUUGGAAUUAUAAUUUUAAGUUCUGGUAUACACUCAUCCUGAAGGACAGAGAGUUUAUCAUGGAAGUAAAUAUUCAAAACACAGGUUCUAAAGAAUUCGAGUUCACGACUCUUCUGCACACGUACUUUAACGUGGAUGUUGAAAAAGUGAAAAUACAAGGUCUUCAAGGUUGUGAUUUUAUCGACAAGAUUAAUGGUGGAGAACGCAAAGAAACAGAUAAAUAUGUUCAAAUCUCUGGAAACGUUGACAGUGUUUACAAACAAACUUCCAACGAACUUUUGCUAUUUACUGGAGAUCAUAACAUCCAAAUAAAAAAGGAAAAUUUUCCUGAUGCAGUUAUUUGGAAUCCGUGGAGUGAAAAAGCGAAACAAAUGUCCGACUUUGGAGAUGAAGAGUAUCACGAUAUGGUCUGUGUUGAACCAGGAUACGUUUCUUCUUCGUUCAAACUCCAACCGAAUGAAAGUUUUAAAGCAAAACAAACAUUGACUUGUCUCUGUUGAAAACAUUUAUUUAAA